CAAACACAGUAGUCGGCAAACUCUCUCUCUCUCUCUCUCUUACCAUCUCUCUGUAUCACUUUUAACUGUUGAUGUCUGAUCAAAUCUUUCAAACGCUGUUCAUAUUUUCAUUAACCGUAGGCGCGCUAGAUUUUCUGCGAUCUGAAAUGUAGAGCCAGUGAUUGGUCAUUUCGCUUGAAACGUUUGAUUCGAUCUUGAGCGUUGGUCUGGUUUGUUUAAAGGGUGGCUAAGAUGUUUUCUUUUUAGAUUUUUUUUAGAGUAAAUUAGAAGCUGAACGAAGAAAGACGGUUCUGAGUCUUGGGUUUAAUCAUUUGAUUUCUUGGGGUAACGUGAGUUUUGGUCAGAGAAAGCUAGACCGAUUCAGAGCUGCUGGUAGGUAUGUUUAAAUAAAGAAUUAAAAAAGCUGAUUGACUGGUAGCUAAGAGAGCUGAAACAAAAACAUUACCCUAGGUAGAAAAUAGUCUAUAUAAAUAUAUAAAAAACAAAGCUUUUGUCUUCAAAACUUUUCUUCAGAAUUCUACGAUAAAUGCUCUAGAUUUUCUCUUUUUUGUCCCGUAGUUUGAUGUUAAAGAAAACCCUAGGAAAAAUUUUCAAUAUUCACAACUAUGGUCGACUUGGAAAAUUCCUCUACAGCUUCAGGGGAAGCCAGUGUUUCUUCUUCUGGUAACCAAAACCAGAAGCAGACUUCCAAUUCCAAAUCCAACUCCAUCCCCAACUCCAAGAAGAAGCGAAACCUCCCUGGAAUGCCAGAUCCAGAUGCAGAGGUUAUCGCUCUGUCUCCGAAAACCCUUAUGGCCACGAACCGAUUCGUGUGUGAAAUUUGUAGCAAAGGGUUUCAGAGAGACCAGAAUCUGCAGCUUCAUCGACGAGGCCAUAACCUUCCUUGGAAAUUAAGGCAGAGACCCACUAAAGAAGUGAAGAAGAGGGUUUAUGUGUGUCCUGAACUGACAUGUGUCCAUCAUGAUCCAGCUAGAGCUUUGGGUGAUCUUACAGGAAUCAAGAAACACUUUUGUAGGAAGCACGGUGAGAAGAAGUGGAAAUGUGAUAAGUGUUCUAAGAAAUACGCCGUGCAGUCUGAUUGGAAAGCUCACGCCAAAGUUUGUGGCACAAGAGAGUACAAAUGCGAUUGUGGGACUUUGUUUUCAAGGAGGGAUAGCUUUAUCACCCACAGGGCGUUCUGCGAUGUUUUGGCAGAGGAGACCAGAGUUCAGACUCACCCACAAAAUCAAAGUAAGGCGGGAGCGAGUGUAAAAUCAGAAGCGGAACCUAAAGUCAAACAGGCUGUUGAUUCUCCUACAUCAACAGCGGUGGCACCAGAACCAGCAACUCCGGCCUCAGCUCCGGCUCAUUCUACUUGUGUUACAACCUCUUUAGUUUUGCCGACUAAGAGUUCAGAGUUAGCAGAAAAUCCCGCACGAAGUGUUGAGGAGACACCAGGAACAGGGGGUUUAAAUGGAAGCUGCAGCAGCAGCAGCAGCUCAAGCAGUGUUGGAACUACCAGUAGCAAUGUGUUUGCAAGCUUAUUUGCUUCUUCAACUGUAUCGGGAAGCUUACAACCUCCUCAAACUCAUGCAUUCAGCGACUUACUUAGAGUCACGGCACGUCCAGAACUCCCAUCUGACCUGACUCUAUCAGCAAAUGACCCAAUUUCACUGUGCCUCUCAACCACUCAUGGUUCUUCAGUGUUUGGAAAUGCGGGACAAGAGCGGAGGCAAUGCACACUGGCAUCACAGCCUGCUCUGUCGGCCACUGCCCUGCUUCAAAAAGCUGCACAAAUGGGCGCAACAACUAGUAAUACUUCAUUGCUUCGUGGUUUAGGAAUUGUUUCAUCAUCUACUCAGCACGACAAUAUACAAUGGAGUCAGGGGCUAGGAGAUUCUGAGAAUGCAUCUAUUGCAGCAGGGCUUGGACUUGGGCUGCCUAGUGAUGGAGGUUCUGGAUUGAAGGAGUUAAUGAUGGGAACACCUUCCGGCUUUGGUCCUAAGCAGCCUACUCUUGAUUUCCUUGGUUUGGGGAUGGCGGCUGGUGGAUCAUCCCCCAAUAGUGCUAUAUCAUCUCUGGUUCCAUCAAUUAGUGGUGGUGUGGAUGUGGCACCGGCCUCAUCCUCAUCUUAUGGAGGAGGAGAAUAUUCUAGCAAAGAAAUGGGAAGUGGUGGCUCAUGAAUAUAAUGCUGGAUUAAAAUAAAAAGUAAUGCAUAUCUCAAUUGUGAUGGAGAAGUUGUGUAAAUUGUGUAGGCGUACUAUUGGGGGGGUUGCAGAGAAGAAAACAAUGGUAAGCAACAAGCCAUUAAUGGCAGUUGGGUCUUUUUUUGUUGUUCUGCUGCUUCUUAUGGCAUGGAAAAUAAGCAGGAUGGUGUUGGCCUGUUGGGUGUGUUUAGACUUUUGUAGCAAAGCUUAAACACUGCAGACCCCCCCUAAGUUAUUGUAUACUUGUGCUGUGAUACUACAAGAUAAGUAAGAUUUUGAUCAAGCAAUAGGUCUUGUCUUGUGCUAGGCCAUUUGGUUUUGAUUGAAUUCGUUGUAGUAGGUUUUACAAGUCUGAAAAAUCACAGAAAUUAACCAGACGGCGGCCGUUGUCUGUGUAGCAUUAGGCAUUAAUGAAUAUGUAGUUGUGAAGAUUAAGGUUGACCACAACCUUGUAUCUGUUAUUAUAUUCGUCAUCUUUUUCAACUGAAUGGAAUAUGUAUUAUACUUA